CAGGGUAUGCAAGACGAAGAUUCUUUGGAUGUUUUGUUUGAAUGUUUUUUAAUGUUUUCACCUUUUGGCAGAGUUCACAAACUUUUAGUCAGAAAAAGACAAGUAUUGAAAAAAUAGUGAAUUUAAGCAAACCCAACUAUUUUAUUGUGCCUUAAUGAAUUAAGUUUUUACAAAAACGACAAGACAAGUUGGAAGUUCGUAAAUAUAACACGUGGAAGUUUUUCCUUAAUCAGUUUUUGAAAAGCUGUCAUAUAAAAAUAUUGAAUGUGAAUAAUUGGAAUUGAAAAGCUUUCAUAAAGAGUGACAGAAAUUAUAAAAGUCACUUGCUUGCUUACUAAUUGAAUAAAUAAAAAGACAUUGAACUGACAAGAGAAAAAAAAAAGAAAAAGUGAAGUUGAUAAUUUUUAAAAUUAUAAAGUAGCGAAUUUGUUCGAAAAGUUAUGGCGGAAGCCCAUCAAGCUGUUGCGUUCUCCUUUUCCAUUACUCAUGAAGGAUGGAACGUAAAUUACGAUCGUGAAGUGUUGAAUCUUGUGUGGGAUUCUGGUGUACGAUCAUGGAAGAAAAGGAUUGCAAGAUUAAAGAGUGGAGUUCGAAAUGGAGUUUAUCCAGCACAUUUGGAGAGUUUAUGGGUGUUAAUGGGACUCGUCACAUUAUUUCAUUACAUAAAUAAACGAAUUCCAUAUGAUUUGGUCAAUACUUUCAUGGCUUUUAUGCCAAGCAACUCCCAUUUCUGGCAACUUCUGAUGUGUAAUCUUGUCGCAUUAAUUUAUUGGAUUACUGCCUGCUUGACAAUGCGCUAUACACUUAAACUUCUAUUGAUGUACAAAGGAUGGAUGUAUGAAUCACGUGGAUCUGGAAGUAGAGUCAGUCUUAGUACAAAACUGUGGGCAGUGCUGGUGAAAGUUUUCAAGAAAUGGAACAAUCCAGGCUUAUAUAGUUUUCAAAGUUCACUUCCGCGUUUGCCAUUGCCAAGUGUUAAAGACACAAUGUCAAGAUAUUUGAGAUCAGUUCGACCAUUACUUGAUGAUGAAACUUAUGAGAAAGUUAAAAGUGAAGCUGAUGAAUUUGAGAAAGGAAUUGGAAAGAAACUUCAAAGAUAUUUGUUGUUGAAGAGUUGGUGGUCAACAAAUUAUGUUUCUGAUUGGUGGGAAGAAUAUGUUUACCUUCGUGGAAGAAGUCCUUUAAUGGUCAACAGUAAUUUUUAUGGAAUUGACGCAAUCUUCGCUCAUCCAACAAAGAAUCAAGCAGCAAGAGCUGCAAGUGUUUGUCAUUUACUUUUACAAUUCCGUCGACAAGUUGAUAGACAAGAACUCGAACCAAUUAUGGUUCAAGGACUUGUUCCAUUAUGUUCAUGGCAAUAUGAGAGAAUUUUCAAUACCGUUCGUGUUCCUGGUGUAGAAGGUGACAAGAUUGUUCACUACAAGGAUUCAAAUCAUAUUGUGGUGAUACACAAAGGAUGCUACUACAAGAUGAUAAUUUAUCAUAAAGGAAGAUUGUUGAAACCUUGCGAACUUCAACAUCAAUUCGAACAUAUUCUCAGCAAUAAAGCGACACCACUGCAUGGCGAAGAGUUUCUUGCUGCACUUACUGCAUGGGAUCGAACAAAAUGGGCAAAUGCUCGUGAGAAAUAUUUCGCUAAAGGUAUCAAUAAAGUUUCACUUUUCCUGGUUGAAAGUGCAGCUUUUGUUAUUUCACUUGAUGAUGAGCCAUACGAGUUUGAUAUUGCACAACCGGAAAAAUUAGAUCAGUUCGGUCGUAAAAUGAUGCAUGGAAAAGGCACUGACAGGUGGUUUGAUAAGAGCUUCACAGUUUGUGUCGCGUCAAAUGGUCGUAUCGGAUUUAAUUCUGAACACACGUGGGCUGAUGCGCCAGUGAUGUCCCAUAUAUGGGAAGGUAUCAUCGUGGACGAGAAUGAACCGACGCGGGCUGAUGCGCCAAUUAUGGGUCAUUUGUGGGAGCAUUGCAUCUUCGAUGAUGUAAAUUAUGGAUAUGAUGAGAAUGGAAAAACGCAUGGAAAACCUGAAAUUCUUCCACCAACUCCAACACGCUUGCAAUGGGAUUUCCAUAGCGAACAGCUGUUGAAAACCAUCGAUGAAGCUUAUGACGAUGCUCAGAAAGUUUUAAAUGAUGUUGAUCUUCGCAUUUUUGUGCAUGAUGCAUACGGAAAAGGAUUCAUGAAAACUUGUCGCAUUUCACCAGAUGCUUACAUUCAGAUGGCGCUUCAACUCGCAUAUUAUCGAGAUUAUGGCAAAUUCUCUUUAACAUAUGAGGCUUCAAUGACAAGAUUAUUUAGAGAAGGCAGAACAGAAACAGUCCGACCAUGUACAAUUGAAUCAUCAGCAUGGGUGAGAGCGAUGGAAGAUAAAACAUCAAAUGCAACAGAGCGAGUUCGUUUAUUAAAUGAAGCAUGUAAAAGACAUCAAAUUGGAUAUCAAGAUGCAAUGUGUGGUCGUGGAAUCGAUCGUCACUUGUUCUGUCUUUAUGUUGUGUCGAAAUAUUUGGAAGUUGAUUCACCGUUUCUAAAGGAAAUACUCAGCGAGCCAUGGAGAUUGUCAACAAGUCAAACACCUCACGGGCAAACACCGAAGAUGGAUUUGAAAAAGAAUCCACAUUGUAUUAGUGCUGGUGGUGGAUUUGGGCCAGUAUCAGAAGAUGGUUAUGGAGUGUCGUAUAUCAUCGCUGGAGAAGAUUUACUUUUCUUCCACAUAUCUUCUCAAAAAAGCUGUAAAGUGACAGAUUCUGAGCGAUUCGCACAGCAGAUUGGCAAAGCACUUUCUGAUAUUAAAGUUCUCUUUGAACAGUAUAAAUUAGAACAGAAGAAGGAAGUUUAUCAAAACGGUUCAGCAGAUUAAGUGGGUUGAGGGUAAAAAGAAUUUUCUUUUAGUUGUUAAAGUUUUAUAAAUUAUUGUUGAGUGCACAGAUUUCAACAGACUGAGACAUCGUUAAUUCUUUCAGAAUAAGAUUAACAUCAUCUUUUCUUCAGUUGAUUCAUUUAGUUACCUGACAAUCAAUCACAAGUGUUACAAAGCUAAUUCCGCGUUAAAUAUACAAAGUUUGUAGUUCAAAAUAUUUUAGAAACAAAGUUUUUCCCUCAAGGACUCACAAUUUGUCGAUAACAGUUCAUGUGUUGUGCAGAUCGAAGACAUUUUGUGUCUACAUAUUUUAUAAAAGUAACAAAAUGAAAGAAAGUUUCAGUAAGAGAAUUUCUAGAUAAUAAUAGUAAGGGAAAUGUUUCUUUAGUUGUCUGAAAAAAUAAGAAACGAUUGUUGUUGUAGUAAAUUAAAUUUGUGAAUGCAAACCGAACGCUAAACGCAAUUAUCAAUGCAAAAUAAAUGAAAAUAUUGAAAGUAUGAUAUGAUAAAAAAUGC